UCCUCCCCCGCCCCACCACUUAGGCCUGGUGCAACAACCUCCUCUAGCCCCAACGUCGAUGUCGCCAUCGUCCUCGUCCUCGUCGACCGCACCAUCCUCAACAGCUGAAGGGCCAAGAGAUUCGGACGUAGGCACCGCCCCCUCCACACCCACUCUCCCUACACCACGCCCACUUUUUAAACCCCACGAGCUGGCCGCUUCCCCUGAACGCCUCAGCAGCUCAGUGAUUCGCCCAGAACCGCAGCAGCCACGCCCAGACCGCUCGCCGCUCAGUGAUCACUCUCCUGGGGCGGAGUUUAUCAAGCGGGAGCCGCCUCCCCACCCCGCGUUCCCACCACAUCAUGAGAUGUUAACCCACUUCGCGGCGGCAAGGGCGGAGUUUCUGCACCGAGACGUGGUCCCCAGAGACUACAGCACCCGCGAGAGGGGCGUGGCUAUUGACUUUAAUCGUGAUUUACGCAUGGAGUUCAGCAAAGCUCACGAGCUGAUGAAGCAGGAGUACAGCAAACAACACGAGCAGUUCUCACAGGAGGCGAUGGGCAGCUAUGCCAGGCAGAAUGGGGUCAUGGGAUCCGCUUCGUGAUGAGACCCCCCCCCCCUUUCCAGAAACUCUAGCACACACUUCAAGAGCCAAGUGUUUGACAAUACUUAUUUCCUUGAAAGAGUAAAACGGCGUUAAAGCUGAUGUUGACUGCAGACGAACGAACAACUCUUGAUGUCUCAUAUAAAGGAAGCAGAGCAUGAAUGCGCGCUGAGGAAAGAGUUGGAAUCUUGUGUUUGAAUUCACGCUAGAGUGGAACGAGCAUCCUCCUUUUUCUCCAAUCCUUCAUGGCUUUCCCAGAACAGCUUUUACGGUGAAACUGUCGUGCUGGUUCGUCAAGUCUGGAGGGAAGAGAAUGGCCAGAUUCCGUUUCUCCGAGACUCUGGCAACCUUAGCGAUCCAGAUUGCUGAGGCUAGUCAUGUUCACCGAUAUACACACAUAGACACAGAUGCCACGUUACGUCCCUUGUUGGGAUAAAAAACUCGGACUCAAUUCCACAAGAAGCUGUGAAAUAAAAAAAAAA